CCCCCUCUCUCUCUCUUUCUCUCUCUCUCUCUCUUCUUUGUUCUUUUUCUUCUUGGCCUUUCUCCCUUCUUCGUUCCAAAUGCUUCGUCUUUCCGAGAGAAUAUUUUCUGGGUUUUGUUCGGGGUGGGGGUUGGAAUGGAAUGGACGAACGGCGGGGAGGAUCGGAGGGAAAAUCUCGUUCCUGGGCUGUUGAUGCAGGAGGAGGGAGGAGUAUGAUACGACGUUGAAGAGAGAGAGGGGGAGAGAGAGAGAGAGAGAGAGAGAGAGAGAGAGAGAAAGAGAAUUUCAGAUUCAGAUUUGGAGUCGCGCGCUAGGGGCGAAAGCAAGAGCGUCGCUCUUGAUAGAUCUUGGGUCUCUUCUCUUUGAUGAGGUUCUCUCCCGACGAGAGAUUGGGCAAAUGACAUGUCGUCGUCGAACUCUCCUUGCGCCGCGUGCAAGUGCCUCCGCAGGAAGUGCACCCAGGAGUGCGUCUUCGCCCCCUACUUCCCCGCCGACCAGCCGCAGAAGUUCGCCUACGUACACAAGGUGUUCGGCGCGAGCAACGUGACUAAGCUCCUCAACGAGCUGAACGUCUCGCAGCGCGAGGACGCCGUCAACUCCCUCGCCUAUGAGGCUGAGACCCGCCUGCGGGACCCGGUCUACGGCUGCGUCGGCCUCAUCUCUAUCCUCCAGCACAAGCUCGACCUGCUCCAGAAGGAGCUCGCCUCUGCCAAGAAGGAGCUCGCCACCUACGUGGGGCCCCACGCGAUGAUACCCACCAUGAUGCAACCCUCUGGAGCUCCGCCGUACAUGGGAAAUCCUUCGAUGUCAGCGGUGGUGCCUUACAACAUGAUGCCGAUGAUGGGAAUCCCGACUGCUGCCGCUGCUGGCGGGCCACCGCUAGUCAUCAGGGACCACCAGAGCCAGCAGCAGCAGCAGCAGCAGCAGCAGCAGCAGGCGUUUGAUGCGCAGCAACUCGCAGCCGCCGUGGCAGCGAGGGAGCGGCAAGAGAUGAUUAGGGCUUAUGAGCAGCAGCAAAUUAGACAGCAGCAACAGCAACAACUUGAAAUCAAGUUCGACGCAAGCGGCUUUGACGGUGUCGGGAACUCGGUGUCUCCGUCCAGGUACAACAACCCCACAAGCAAUGUAAUCUCUCCACCGCCGGCUUCCCCGUCCCUGGCUUUGGGGAGUUUCGACAAUCCGUACCAGAUUCAGGCGCACCAGCUCUCGCUGCAGCCACAACAGGGACAAGCACAAGAUCAGCAAGAGCAUGCUCAAGAGCAGAGGUCUGGGAGCGAGGAGCGAACCAACAACAACAACGGUGGUCCUUCCUGUUGAUGAACAAUUUCCUUUUUUUGGCUAAGUUCUUGUUUCUUCCCAUGCCGAGUUUCUUGAGGCGGUUUUUACGGUUCUAGAUCAUACAUGAGGAGAAACAAGCGGGGGACAUUCAAAAAAUGCAGAGAAUGUUGUUCAUUGUGCGCCAAUGGAUAUAUCCAGGCUCUGAAGCCUUUUUUCUUCCUGGGAGAUACACAAAAAGUCGCUAGCGAUACAGAACAAUUUCUAGGAGCAAAUAAUUUUUUGGAGUACAAUUUCAUCCUUAGUGUAAUGAUGCUCAUGCUUAUGUCUUACAUUGAAAAAAAAAAUAUUUGUAAAUUUGUAUCCAGGAAAAUGCUAGUCCUUUCUCUCUUCUUCCUUUUUUUUUU